UUUCCCACCCAUUCUUUCGUCUAACCCUAGCGCAAGCUUUAGUUGUUCUUUUCCGCGUAGUCUGUAAUUUGUUUUUCCCGUUCUUUAAUCGGUUCUUGCGAGAAGAAUGGCUGGUAAGGGUGAAGGUCCGGCGAUUGGAAUCGAUCUCGGUACAACCUAUUCCUGUGUUGGGGUAUGGCAACACGAUCGUGUUGAAAUUAUCGCCAAUGAUCAAGGAAAUAGGACCACUCCAUCCUACGUUGGCUUUACAGACACCGAGCGGUUAAUCGGAGAUGCAGCGAAGAAUCAAGUUGCCAUGAACCCGAUCAACACCGUCUUCGAUGCAAAGCGUUUGAUCGGUAGGAGAUUCAGUGAUGCUUCUGUUCAGAGUGAUAUUAAGUUGUGGCCCUUCAAGGUUAUUGCCGGCCCUGGUGACAAGCCCAUGAUCGUGGUAACCUAUAAGGGUGAGGAGAAACAGUUUGCUGCUGAAGAGAUCUCAUCCAUGGUCCUAAUGAAGAUGCGCGAGAUUGCUGAGGCUUAUCUUGGCUCGACCGUUAAGAAUGCCGUUGUCACGGUUCCCGCCUAUUUCAACGACUCUCAGCGUCAGGCCACAAAGGAUGCCGGUGUCAUCGCUGGGCUGAAUGUCAUGCGUAUCAUCAAUGAGCCCACGGCUGCUGCCAUUGCCUACGGUCUUGACAAGAAGGCCGGCAGUGUUGGCGAGAAGAAUGUUCUCAUUUUUGACCUUGGUGGUGGAACCUUUGAUGUCUCCCUCCUUACCAUUGAAGAGGGUAUCUUUGAGGUUAAGGCCACUGCCGGAGAUACUCACCUCGGAGGAGAGGACUUUGACAACCGAAUGGUGAACCAUUUCGUUCAAGAGUUCAAGAGGAAGCACAAGAAGGACAUCAGUGGAAACCCUAGAGCUCUGAGGAGGCUCAGGACAUCAUGUGAGAGGGCAAAGAGGACUCUCUCGUCCACUGCCCAGACCACCAUUGAGAUUGAUUCUUUGUACGAAGGUAUCGACUUCUAUUCCACCAUCACCCGUGCCAGAUUCGAGGAGCUCAACAUGGAUCUCUUCAGAAAGUGUAUGGAGCCAGUUGAGAAAUGUCUUAGGGAUGCGAAGAUGGACAAGAGCACUGUUCACGAUGCUGUUCUUGUCGGCGGGUCUACUAGGAUUCCCAAGGUCCAGCAACUGUUGCAAGACUUUUUUAACGGGAAGGAGCUGUGCAAGAGUAUCAACCCUGAUGAGGCCGUUGCUUAUGGCGCUGCAGUCCAGGCUGCUAUCUUGAGUGGUGAGGGCAAUGAGAAGGUUCAGGACCUCUUGCUCCUGGAUGUUACGCCUCUCUCGCUUGGUCUGGAGACAGCAGGUGGUGUUAUGACUGUGUUGAUUCCCAGGAAUACCACCAUUCCCACCAAGAAGGAGCAGGUGUUUUCUACUUACUCUGACAAUCAGCCUGGAGUGUUGAUACAGGUGUAUGAGGGUGAGAGAACGAGGACUAGAGAUAACAACUUGUUGGGAAAAUUCGAACUCUCAGGCAUCCCGCCGGCUCCCAGAGGUGUUCCUCAAAUCACUGUGUGUUUUGACAUAGAUGCUAACGGUAUCUUGAACGUUUCUGCCGAGGACAAGACCACCGGGCAGAAGAACAAGAUAACGAUCACCAAUGACAAGGGUAGAUUGUCGAAGGAGGAGAUCGAAAAGAUGGUCCAGGAAGCAGAGAAGUACAAGUCUGAGGACGAGGAGCACAAGAAGAAGGUGGAGUCCAAGAACGCAUUGGAGAACUAUGCGUACAACAUGAGGAACACAGUAAAGGAUGAGAAGAUUGGUGCCAAGCUUGCCCCAGCCGACAAGAAGAAGAUCGAGGAUGCAAUUGAGCAGGCCAUCCAGUGGUUGGACGGCAACCAGCUAGCGGAAGCAGAUGAAUUCGAUGAUAAGAUGAAGGAGCUGGAGAGUAUCUGCAAUCCUAUCAUCGCCAAGAUGUACCAGGGAGCUGGGCCUGAUAUGGGCGGUGGGAUGGAUGAUGAAGGUCCUUCAGUCGGUGGGAGUGGUGCUGGACCAAAGAUCGAAGAGGUUGAUUAAGAAACUAAUGUUAAGGGUGCGGGUGGUGUGCUAAAGGAUAAUCUUUUCAUUUUGAUUCUUGUUACAAUAUGAUGUUAAGUGGGUUGUGGCGAUGGUUUGUUGUGAACUUUGAAUUUGUCUAGAUUGCCCGAGGAUAAUGGGGCAAUGCAUUUUGUCUAUCUUUUCUUUUUUGGGUACUGUGACUUGGCUAUCUUUUCUUCAAUUCUUGUUCUGUCUGAUCUUUUUC